AUGGGUGCAGAUAGCGGACCAGCCUGCGUCCUGGACGGCUCCGUGGAGGAGGAAGAGGAGGAGGAAGACGACGACGAGGAAGACUACGACGACGAGGAGGACGAUGAAGAUGAAGAUGGGGAGAAGGCCGAGGCUGAGGAGGCCGAGGAGGCUCCGGGGCUCCCCGGGCAGGGACUCGGCAGGCAGCGGCGGCGGCUGCGCCGAAGGCGUCGGGGUUCGUCGGAGCCGGAGCCGCCGGAGGGCCGGGGUGGCGGGGGCAGCAGCGGCGGGGGAGGAGCGGGGCCGGCCCCGGGCCCGGAGGGCUCCCAGUCGCCGCGGCCUCCGAAGCGCCGGCGGCCCCCCGAGGGCAGCGGCUGCGCCAAGCCCCGCCGGGCGCGCACCGCCUUCACGUACGAGCAGCUGGUGGCCCUGGAGAACAAGUUCAGAGCCACGCGCUACCUGUCCGUCUGCGAACGGCUCAACCUGGCGCUGGCGCUCAGCCUCACCGAGACGCAGGUGAAGAUUUGGUUCCAGAACCGGCGCACCAAGUGGAAGAAGCAGAACCCGGGCGCCGACGGGCCGGCCGCGCUGCCCGCCCCGCCGGGAGCGGCGGGAGCCCCGGGAGGAGCGGGCCAGGCGGCCGGCCGCAGCCCCAGCCCGCCGGGCCCCAGCGCCCUCCACUUCCAGACGUUCCCCCCCUAUUCCUCGGCCAACGUCCUCUUCCCGGCCGCCGCCUCCUUCCCCCUGACGGCGGCCGCGGCCGGGGGCCCCUUUGCCCCCUUCCUUGGUUCCACCUACUUGAGCCCUUUCUAUGCCCCACACCUCUAAGCGCCCCCCUCCUCCAGGCGGGCUCCGGGGCUCCGAUUCACCCGCGCCUUCGGGGGCUCCUUUGUGGGACUGAUGGGGCGUCCACGAAGGGGCGUCCGGCCCCAUGCCGGGAGGUCCCGCCUGUGCUAGACUUCUACAGAGCUGCGGGAGCGCGGGGACUCGAACUUCUGCGGCCCCGAACUUCUGGGGAGCGUCUGCCCUAAAGAUCAUUUAUCUGUAGAACGUUAAGGGAGCCCCAGGGCGCUUGUUUUAGACAGAGACACCGAGGUCCAGGGAGAGAUCUGGCAAGAAUUAAGCAGCAAAGACACAUUUGAACCCCAAUUCUUGGUCUCCGGCCCCAGCUCCCUUUCCAAGACAUCUCUGUUUUCAGAACCAAGAGAAAAAAGCGGGCUAAACAUUAACCGGAUCUGAACCCCCCCCCCAUUCUGUAGUAUUUUCUCUGCCGUUGGGGGCUAAGGUUUCAUCGAGGCCUUGAAGCGAUCUUUUGGGCCAGACAGCAUUCAAACAGCCUGGAGGGUCCCUUCUCACACACUCGAGUGUCCUCCCUACAGAGACUGGUGGUCCCACACAGCCCUGGGAAAGCCUGUGGCCCAGGAUCCUCGCCCUUUGGUCCUGGAACCCUUGGCCAAGGUCUGCUGAAGCCUGCGGAGCCCUUCCAGAAUCCUGCUUUUAAAUGACAACUAAAAAACCCGACUACAAAGGAAGCCCAUUAUAAAAUACAGGUCCCCAAGUCCUAGUUGCAAAACCCACAAGCUUAGGAGGGCAGAUUAAGAAGCUCUAACCCAGUCCUGCCUUUAUUUUGCUAAUGUAGCAGGGUUACUUAAAGAGCACGACCCAGGCUGCUGCCUCUCCAGCCAGCGCGAAUUUAGGGUUCCCUUAGCACUCACAUGCCUCCUUGGAGUCCCUCCAUCAGUUGUUUUGUUCCCAGCUAAAAUACCAAACUUUUCCAGCUGAAUGUGAUUGGUCUAAUUCCCCUUCCUGGAUUCUGGGUGCUGUCUUCCCCUUUAGAAUCAAUCUCCUUGAAGGAGGAGAGAAGAGGCAGGAGCCAGUAGAGGAGGAGAGUAGGUCCCUGGUUUGGGAGUCAGAAGACCCGCCUUUGAGCCUGUGCUCUGCCCCUUCACCCCAGUAGACAACAGGUACUUUGCCUUUCCUUCUCUAGGCCUCAAUUCGGACAAUGAGAUGGCUGCAGAAUUGUCGUCUCGCUCCAACUUCUGUGAACUAGAUGACCCCCAAGUUUUUUCUUCUAGCCCCAUUUCCUGGCACUCCAAAGACCCCCUCAAUCCCCAAACUCUUGGGAAACGGGUCUCUGCUUGCGCUGCUUCAUCUCCUCGGGUUCACAUUUGCACCGUUUAUUGGCCAACAUGUGCUAGGAAAGCCAAAUGCCCAGGGAGAGUCUUAGAAAACUUGCCAGCUGGCCAAAAAGAAGGGCAUUCUAGUACAACAUACAGUGCAGAACAGUCUGUUUCUGAAUGGGAAGAUUUGCUUGUGUCUUGUGAGAGCAUCCUCAAUCCUCUCUGGGGUGGUAGUGGUGGGGAGGUUCCCUCUUCCAGCUCCACUUUGAGUCCCAGAAAGGAAGAUUUCCUUUGGAAAAAUGAGGAUGUGCCUUCCCAAAUUUGUUCUAAACUCUGCCUGUCGCUUGAAUCUACUUCAGUCAUUUAGACUAGAGUAGCCAGAGUUCUAUUCAGGGCAUAUUGUGAACCAACUUCUGGACAAAGCAUUUGGGGGAUGGCUCCUAAAGAAGUGGAACGGGGAUGCUUACUAGGAGGGAAACUAAUAAAGUAUUUAUAUG